CCAAGUUGGUUAACUCUUUCUUUUCUCAUCAAUAUCUUGCGUGGGGUUAACUCUUUCUUCUUGUUUUUCUUCUUAGGGUUGAGCAUUUCUUAGUUAAGACUUGAAUUUUUUUUGGGUCGUUGAAAAGAAUGGAUACUUCUGUAAAGAAUAGAUUGAAAAGAAGUAUAUUCCUCAAGGUAUGGGAAAGAUGCAAAUCUUGGAAUGCUGGCAGUAAAACAAAAACUGCGAGAAUUGCAUGCAAUUCUUUAACAAAGAGCAGGUCAUGGCACUGCCCUACUACAAGAUCAUCAUCAAGCGAAGAAGAGAAUAUUGAGAAGGGAAAGAAGAAGCCUCGGGUAGCUCCGGCAGGAUGUUUUCCAGUAUAUGUGGGAGAGGAGAAACAAAGGUUUGUAAUCAGGACAGAGAUUGCUAACCAUCCAUUGUUUAAGAUAUUGCUAGAAGAUGCUGAAUUGGAAUAUGGGUUCAAUAGCGAAGGUCCAUUAUUGCUUCCUUGUGAUGUUGAUUUGUUUUAUAAGGUUUUAGCAGAGAUGGAUAGUGGAGAAGAGAUUAGUACUACGCCACGGAGUUGGCGUACUUGUUUAUUAAUCCUUUGCGGUCCACAGACAUGGUUCUCGGUUAAUUACAAUAGGCAUAUGAUAUAGUAUUACAUAAUACAAAUAUAAUGCGACUUUAGUUUGUUUUCAGUUUUGGUUAUGGAAUAUUACUGAAAUUAGAAAUACAAUCUCUUUUAU